CGCUGGCCCCGCCGCCGCCGAGUAUGGAGGACCCGGCCUGCGACUCCACCUGGGAGGAGGAUGAGGAGGACGCGGAGAACGGCGAGGUCGCGGGCGCAGGGGACGCGGGGGACGAGGACGCGGACGCGGAGGAGGCGCGGCCCAGCGCGCUCCAGUCCAGGAUGACAGGGUCCCGCAACUGGCGAGCCAUGCAAGAUAUGUGCAGGUACCGGCACCACUACCCGGAUUUGGUAGAAGGAGACUGCAAUGGUGAUAUGCCGAACCUGAGUUUCUACAAAAAUGAGAUCCGCUUCCUGCCAAACGGCUGUUUCAUUGAGGACAUUCUUCAGAACUGGAAGGACGACUACGACCUGCUCGAGGACAAUCACUCUUACAUCCAGUGGCUGUUUCCUCUGCGGGAACCAGGCGUGAACUGGCAUGCCAAGCCCCUCACGCUCAGGGAGGUUGAGGAAUUUAAAAGCUGCAGGGAGGCCAAAGAGCGGUUUGUCCGGGCCUAUGAGCUCAUGCUGGGGUUCUACGGGAUCCAGCUUGAGGACCGAGACACGGGUACAGUGCACCGAGCUCAGAACUACCAGAAGCGCUUCCAGAACCUGAACUGGCACAGCCACAACAACCUCCGGAUCACACGAGUCCUCAAGUCCCUGGGAGAGCUGGGCUUUGAGCACUUCCAGGCGCCGCUGGCCCGCUUCUUCCUGGAGGAGACGCUGGUGCGGCGGGAGCUGCCGGGCGUGCGCCAGAGUGCGCUCGACUACUUCGUGUUCGCCGUGCGCUGCCGGCGCCGGCGCCGCGAGCUGCUGCGCUUCGCCUGGGAGCACUUCCAGCCUCGCUGCAAGUUUGUCUGGGGUCCCCACGACAAGCUGCAGAGGCUCAGGCCCAGCUCUCCGCCCCACCCGCCAGGGGGCCCCAUCCACGAGGCUGGCUCCCAGGGCCAGACCUGCAGGCCAGGGAGGAGUGAGGGUGGGGACAGUGAGGCCGAGAGUCCCCAGCCACCGAGCACAGAGCCCCAGGAUGUGGGAACCCUGGAGAGGGACCAGGGAGAUGAGGCUGGGGCCCACGGGGAGGAUGGGCCAGAGCCCCAGGAUGUGGGAACCCUGGAGAGGGACCAGGGAGAUGAGGCUGGGGCCCACGGGGAGGAUGGGCCAGAGCCCCUGAGCCCCAAAGAGAGCAAGAAGAGGAAGUUGGAGGUGAACCGGCAGGAGCAGGCCUCAGGGGAGUCUGGCCCCCAGAGCUCCUCAGAGGUGGAGAAGAUUGCCCUGAACCUGGAGGGGUGCGCCCUCAACCAGGGCAGCCUUGGGGAGGGGACCCAGGAAGUGGGCAGUCAGGAUCCGGAGGAGGCCGAGCAGCCCUGCCCCCAGACCCCAGGGGCCAGGGUGGUUGAUGAGGUGAGGAAGAGGAGGAAAGUGGACGAGGGUGCUGGGGACAGUGCUGUAGUGGCGGCCAGAGGUGGUGCCCAAAUACAGGCCCCUGCCUGGCCCUCUGCCCCACUGGUGUGCUCCAAGGCUGAGGAGGGUGAGAACAGGGUCCAGGAGAACACAGAAGACCGGGCAAAGAUGGAGCGGGGUGCCCCCAGGAGCCCAUCAGAGGGCCCAGGCCCCAACAUCAAAGGACCCAUGGGGGACAGGAGGCCUGAGGCGGGGGACAAGGGAGCAGAGGCAGUGGAUGAUGGGAGGGCUGCAGUGGGGGACCGGAGGGUUGAGGCGGGGGACGAGGGAACUGAGGCGGUGGACGAUGGGAGGGCCGAGGCGGGGGACGGGAGGGCUGAGGCAGGGGCGGGACCUCCCUGCAAGCCCGGGCAGCCUUAA